AGCUGCUGUUCGCUUUGUUUUGUUUUGGUACAGGGAGUUGGAGGAGCAGAGGAAGGCCGACAGAAGAGGUCUAGCUGGUGGAAGACCUGCUCUCUAAAUGGGGAGAGCUAAAUCGGGGAUGGAAGAUGACGAACCGAUAGCUGACGCCCGGGAGAUGCCAAUCUUUAUGAGCAAUUUGGAAGAGGGAAGGGAGAAAUCGUCCCACAACCGUCCAACGGGAACUUCCAUCACAGAAGGUGAAGCUCACCUGCAGUUUGUGGACCUGAACCGACCUGUCAUCCGGUCCAACUCCCGGUUGUCCCUCGAUGGUGUCAUCGGGAGGACGGGGAAGAAAAGUGGCGAGAGAGAGAGGGAUGCAGAGGGCAACAACAACAACAACUGCAACAGCGGAGGAGUCGGAGCAGCCAGGAGGAGAAGGGCGAGCGCCGUGGAGGUUCUGAGAAGGAAUUUCGGAGAUAACAAGUCAUCUUCUCUCUGUUUAAGUACAAAAAAUCGGAUGCAGUACGGAGUGGAACAUGGAACAGGCGGAGAAACUAGUAUUAACAUCUCUAAGGGAGUACGUAGAGUACAAAGUGGUGAGCGUCAAAAGUCGGAUGUUGAAACGGGGGAACCUGGUGAUAAAAACGAACCACCCUCUAUUGACUUGACUUCAGAUGUUACAGGAGUUAAACUCUUAACUGUUAGUGAUAAACGCCAUCUUAGAGCUGAGGAUGAAAGCAACACGGUGACUGUAGUUGAGUCCUGUAGUGCCAAAGAGCACGUCUAUUGUACGGUUUACUGCAUUGCCAACGAAUCUCAACGGACAGACGCUGAAAUCACGGACCGUCACGAUGACGCUGCUUUAUCGGGGGAGACAGGAACGGGAUUGGAGGCGGUAAAUGUUGGGGGAAUGGGCAUCGAACAGGCGAUGUACACGCUGGAUGACCUGGUGGACCCAUUUGGAGACAUGUCCCACCGCUUGGAGCGGGUGCAGGCCGGUGCGGAGAAUGGGAUGAAGUGUUGUCGGGUGUGCCUGGAGGAGAAAACCAGCGCACCCCUGCCCUGCUGCGGGAAGGCCGUGUGUGACGAGUGUCUGCAGCUCUACGUCAGCUCCCAGGUGAGAGAGGGAAAAGUUCUCAUCAGCUGUCCAAUCACGGAGUGUGCCGGCAGCCUGGAGGAGGGAUUAAUGAUUUCUCACUUGAGCAAUGAAGAGGUGGCAAAGUACCGCUACUUUUUGGAGCUAAGUCAGCUGGACUCAAGCACGAAGCCCUGUCCCCAGUGCAGCCACUUCACCUCCCUGAAGGCGCACAGCACAAACCGCUCAGAGCACAAGUACAAGAUCCAGUGCAGCAGCUGCCAGUUUGUGUGGUGCUUUAAGUGUCAUGCGCCCUGGCAUGAUGGACUCAAGUGUCGCGACUACAGGAAGGGGGACAAGCUGCUGCGAACUUGGGCGAGUGUCAUUGAGCACGGGCAGAGGAAUGCACAGAAGUGUCCACGUUGCAAGAUCCACAUUCAGCGUACGGAGGGGUGCGAUCACAUGACUUGUGCCCAGUGUAACACCAACUUCUGUUACCGCUGUGGAGAGCGUUACCGCCACCUUAGAUUCUUCGGGGACCACACUUCCAAUCUCAGCGUGUUUGGCUGCAAGUAUCGUUACCUCCCUGAUAAGCCACACCUCAGAAGGCUCAUCAGAGGCUCCGUCUGUGCCACCAAAGUGCUGAUAGCUCCGUUGGUCCUCCUGCUGGUGAUAGUGCUCGGAGCUCUCGCUUUGGUGAUAGGUUUGUUUGUUUUCCCCGUCUACUAUGUUUGCAAAAGGAGGAAGAAACAGCAGCUAACCCGGGGCUCCGGACGGUGGAUCUAACUAUCCGUACACCUAGCCCAAUAAAGGUGACACCCAUCUCCUCAGGGACGGACACGCCAGCCUGAGACCCCAGAAAACUCUUAUUGAGGAGACUUUAUAAAAUAAGCAUUGGCUGUUUGAGUGGUACUUUCUGUUAGCAGAGUGAGGCCUUGAUAAUUGCACAUCAACCCAUCUAGUUUAUUUAAAUUCGCAUGGGACUGCUGUCAAAGCACGGAGGCUGGAUAUCAAGAGAAGAGCAACCCAAACCUAUUCGAAAUGUACUUUGAGGUGACGUCUCUCUCUAACACCAUUGCCACACAGUGAAGAAUGAGUUACGGUCAGAUUAUAGCACACUCUCUGAACAUUUCAUCAGAUUAAUUAUUUCUUUUACCUAAAUUUAAUCCGUAAAAGAAGAAAUCUAAAGCAAAAGAUCCAGUUUUGAGAGCAUUUCAGUUGAAGCUAGAUGGUUGAAGGAAGCUUUAGGAGAGUUGGAUGAACAAACUAUCCAUAAACUCUUCAUGGAAAUAAAUGCCAAACUAAUUCUGGGCUUUUUUUAAAAAAAUGGAAUGCUUUUAAGAUAAGAUGUCUCUACCACCCAGCUUUGGGUAUGAUUUAUUUUCCUGCCUUUCAAAAACAUUAGCCAAAUAUCAUUAGAAGAAAGGUUUUUGUGGUCAAAGAUUGAGCCUUUUGGCCCCAAUAAUAAAAAUUGUCUUUAGAGGAGUAAUUUCCUCCAAGCUGUUAGCAUGAUGGUGGCAGUAUGAUGCUAUGGGGCUGUUUUGCACCUACUGGUGUAGAUUUAAAGAUCCACCAAAAUGUGGGUGAUAUUUGGACAGAGUUGUGUAUUUCAAAGGGAUCAUUAUCUGGGACAAAACCCCAGCAGGACAAUAAAUGUUAGAGUUCUGAGAUGGCUCUGAGCUGCACUCUAUGGUGAGUUUUCACACUGGUAAAAUAAUGAUUCAGAUCUGUUAUUAAAAGCCCAAAAUGAAAAUAGAUAUUUAUGACAGGCAUGACUGUAUGAAAAGGUCUGAGCAGAGCUGUUGGGGAGCACAAGAAAGGAGCCAUGAUAGGGAAAUGAAUCAACCAGAGUUUAAUCUGUUCAAAAGUGGAAAUUUCCCACUGAAAUCUGACUCAAAUACCGAGGAAAAUAUGGUCAAAGAAGUGUUUCAUGAGACGAACCGGGACCUUAAAUAUUUAAAGUUCUGACCGCGACAUCGACGUCCCUCCUGCUGUUUUGUGUCCUGGCUCCCUGUCUUUUCACCCCUGCUAUUCGGCUCCACAUCCAGACCUCAUCUUUGCUCUGCCUGCUUACCCUCUCAUCAAAAGCCAAAAAGAAAAGGUAGCUAUUGCAAAACAAAAUGCUGAAUGUGGAGCAACAUACAGUUGAUCUGGUCGCUUUGUUGUUUUUUAAAAAUCUUUUAGUAUUUAGCAUAAUUGAUGCUCUGAAGUAAUAUUCACACUCCAUGAACCUUUUCACAUUUUGUCAUGCUAAAAAUCCAAAGAUUAGCAAAGGAAACAAUUUAAGGUUAUUUCCCCUCAUCACCCUUACAAUCAGAUUGUAUUGAGAGCGUCUGUAAAAAAGGAUUACCUCAGGUUUGCAUAAAUAGGCUUCAUUUAAAGCCUUCCUUUGUAGCUCUGGCUGAGUCAUUACCCUGCAGGACAGUCGGAUCUCAUUCCUCCCAGGAUUCCACCGUAGCAGCUCCAUCCAUCCUCUCAUCUUGCCUCACCAACCCCCUGUCCCCCGCUAAAGUUUAUCCAAAAGGAUGGCAUGUUCAGGGGGAUAUGCAGUGGUAGUUUUUCUCCAGACAUAUUAUGUAUGUAAGCCAAAGAUUUGCAAUUAUAACAUGACAAAAUGUGAGAAGGUUUGAGAAGUUGUGAACACUUUGGCAGGGUGCAGUAUUCCACCUAGGGAAGAAAACUAAAGAUUGCAUAGUGAGAUUAAAUAUGGUAAAAAAGUACUUUGAAGGAUUAAAGACAAUACUAUUUUUUAUUUAUAUUAUGUAGUCUGGGCAGUGCUUUACCAAUGAGUUCAACAGGGUUUUAUAUAGAUUUGUUAUUCUAGAGGUUAUCAGAUUUUUAUACGUUACAAGAAGUUAUGCAGGAGGACUAUUUCUCUUUAUGAACUUGGGUCAGUUUCCUCAACACUGAGGCAUGAAUGUAAAGCCUGGAGCUCUGCAAAGAAUUUACAUAUAUAUACAUAGUAUAUAAAAGAAUUAAAUUUUAUCAGAUUGAUAUAUGGAUAAUGGCUUAUCAUGCUCCUGGGCUUUAGAUAUGCAAAAACAGAACAUUCAUCAAGUCACUUACACCAACUUACAUUGAUCUGUUGUUUUUUUCUUCUUGCUCUCUUAAAUAGAGUUUUAAAAAAUGCCCUCAUUGAAGCUGGAAAAAGAUGGUUUGAAUUUUGUUUUUUGCAUCUGUAAAUCUGUAAAAGUUGCAGCACUGGACCUUCAUUCAACAAUUAAGGAGAUUUAUCUUUAUGCUUUUCUAAGAUUUCAGCAAUGCAAAAUGUUUUAGUUGAGCUUAAUCCCAGGAAUAUGACCCAUUUUCUACAUCUGAGUGUUAAUAGGUGUCAUAAAAAGUUACACUGUAAUGAGAGAGUUCACUAAAUACACUGAUAUUAUGCAUCCUUUCACACUGCUUUUAGUUGGACCAAGCAGUCCUAUGUAAGUCUGGGUUGAAUCCUCUCAGGAAGUUUGUUUUGUGUUCACUGGACCCAGAGCCCAGCCUGUACAUUGGCCAAAGAAAUUGCUGAACAGUAGAGCAGAUUCGAAAUGCUUCCUGGUAGGCUGCCUCACUAAACAAAUUGAAUUCCAGGAAGCAAAGUGCACAGCUGCUUCAAAAGGAGAUCAGAGGCGUUUUAGUGUUGCCAACCUCGACUCUGUUUCCCAGCCUGACUCAGCUGGAUUAUGAACCCUUUAAAGGGGUCAGAGGGAUGAUAUGCAUGGGUGAAAAGCAGAGUGAUAAAUAUCAGGGCUUGAAAACUGUACGUCUAAGGUUAAAUGAGAAAUGAAAUGCUUUUACGUGUUUUAUUCAUACUGUUCUCCUACUUCUGCACUGUUAAUUAACAGCUGUUUUUUUUCUUUUAAAGUUUUUGUUUAUAAAGAACGUGUGAGUUUAAAUUGCCACAAUUAGACAGAGAUUAUUGUCAUUCCCUACAUUCUUUACGCAAUGUCAGAACAUUUUUUUUUUUUUUACUAUUAUUUUGUGCCAUUUUACCAGAGGGUUUUCAUUUGCAGUGCUUUGCAAAAAUACUCAUUUCAAAAUGUUUCACCCAGCAGACACAAACUACAAUGUGGUCUGUUGGGAAUUCAUAUAAAGACCAACAAAAACUAGCAUGUAAUCUUGAAGUAAUGGGAAAGUUAAAGCGUGGCAUCCAUUUGUAUUUGGCUCCCAUGAGUCAAUUCUUUGUGCAACCAUCUUUCAACAGCUGCAAGUCUUUUGGUUCAUCUUUCUAGCUGCUUGCAUAACUAUACUGAAGAUUUUUGCCCAAUUUGUUUUUGCAAGAUAGGUGAACCUCAGUCUGUGAGGGUUAAAUCUGGCCCAGCAGCAUGAUGCUAACACCACCGUGUUUCAAUGUAGGGACUGUUUGUCCAGGUUGAUGUGCUGUGUUCCUUUUUGGGCAUACAUACAUUUUUUAUUUCUAGUUGAUAACAAUGGCAAAUAAUUGCACGAGGGUUGUUUUACUGUUAUUAGAUCAAAGAGGGUUUAAUACAAAGCAAAACAUGCUUCAGUUUUCUCUUUUGUUGAAUUUGAAUAAUUAUCUUAAUUUCAAAAGUCUUUGUUGGUCUUUUUAGAUAAUGAAAUGCAUAAAUUUAUAUCGUAACACAAACAAAUGUGAAAAACUUUAAUAAGUAUGAAGAUUUUUGCAACUCACUGCAGGUAGGCUUUCUCAUCACUGAAAUUACAACUGUGCUAAUCUAGCCUGUCGCCAGAUAAAGAACUUUAAAUGAACUUGAAUUUUGAAGACAUUAUUUUUCCCUGACUGAAAUUGUAUUUUAUGAUCAAGUUUUUCUUUGUUUUGUUGUUGUUGAUGCAAAUUUAUUAGGGCCAUAUUAGCUGUCAGCUUAGAUGUAAAUAUAUAUUUUCCCAUUAAGACAUGUUGCGUAAAUGGUGCCAUCACCAUGGCUGUAGAUCAGAUUAUAAACUUGUGUUUUUAAAGAGAAUGUAUCACAGUCUGGCCUUAUUAUAUAUUUAUUACAACGGCAAAAUUAAAAUGCAAAUAAUCAUACAUGAAAAUCUUAUAAAACUAAAUGAAGCAAAUGGUAAAUACAUUUCGGAUCUUGUUGCUGACUGUUUACUAAACAAAAGGCAAUAAGUAUAUGUUUGACAUCCCCAAACCACAGCCAGGGUGUAGGCUGCAUCCAAAACCUGCCUGUAAAUUUGCACGUCUAACGGUCACUUUAUUUAUGGCUCAUGCUUUUCUUCACUUGGGGGAAAAAGAAUAAUAAUGUGUUGCACUUUGAGCCCUGCCUAAAACAUUAGAUCUCCUGUGAAGGAGGAAAUGUGUAGGAAGUUGUGUCGCCUUUAGCUAAUUAAAUGUCUGCAUUUGGGAAGCGAGACCUUACAAGUCGUCACUGCUAAACCAGUAAAGGUGGAUUUAUCGGUAACCUCAGGAUGGUAUACUAUCUAUAUAUAUAUAGAUUUAUAUAGUCACUUUUAUUUCAAGUAUCUCUUUACAAGGAAAUGUUCAACAAACCAAACCGUUUUAACCGAAAUGCUGCCACUGUCAGAGAUAUCUGCUGAUAUUACUGUUGCUAUCUUAGCAAAGGCACAGACACUAUUUUAUCUACGAAUUUGAUGGACAAUAAACCAAAUGCCAAAAA